AUGCGCUCAUUUGUUGCUGAACAGAUCCGCAAGUGCCCUAUUUGUAUUCGUACCAAGACUUCAAGAAAGCCCUUUGGUCACACAAACCUGAUUCGAUCCAAUCCUCCUUUGCAACCAUUCGACACAAUCGCCAUCGACACCUUUGGUCCUCUUGCGCAAUCCCAAGCUGGCAAUAAGUAUAUCAUUGUCAUCCAAUGCAUGUUCUCACGCUAUGUCAUCAUCACUCCUGUUGCAGUAUGCAAUACUGACACUGUUUCCAAGACAUUGAUCCAUCUAUUCAGUGAACAUGGCUUCCCUCGCGUUAUGCUUUCCGACAAUGGUCCUACUUACUCAGCAUCCAUGUUGCAAGUCCUUUGCAUGAAGCUUGGCAUCAAACAGCAAUACGCCCCUGCCUAUCAUCCACAAUCCAAUGGGCUUGUUGAACGCUUCAUGUCAACCCUCAAGAGUAUGCUUCUGUCGUAUAUGGAACAAGAUCACCUUUCAGAUGUUUGGGAUAAGCACUUACCAGAAUUUCAACUUGCUUACAAUUCUUCUAUUCAUGCCUCCACCGGGUUUACUCCUUUUUCUUUGGUCCAUGGUCGUGAAGCUCGCCUCGUUGGUCAAGUUGAUUUCACUCCUCAAGAUAUCUCAUCAAGCACUUAUCGUCAAACUACCGACUUGUAUCUAUCUCGUGCUCGUGCCAUAGUUCAACUCGCCAAUCAACGUACACAAGCCGACAAUGCCACAUCCAUGAACAACUCUCGACAUCGUCCACCCUUUUCAGUUGGUUCCCUUGUCCUUGUUGAAGCACCUCACAAUUCUGCCAAACGCAAAGGCAAGUUUGCACGUCCUUAUCCUGAUGAAGUUUAUGUUAUCACUCGUCAAGUUGGUUCCGAUCGCUAUGAUCUUCAAGCUCUCAAGAACCAUCAAGUUUUGACAAACAUUCAUGCCUCGCGCCUCAAGCCCAUUCCGUUCAACGAGACGUCUUCCUCUUAA